AUGGACUCUCCCGACCCCAACCGUCACUUCUUCGGACCCCUGACCCCCUCUCAGCUGUCGCCAGCCCCAGACAUGUCGAAAGACAAGCUUGAUGUGGGUGCCGACGGCACUGUCGACAGCCUCAUGAAGAAGCGAGACCCGAACGGUGAUCAGCGCCCGUCAAUGGCCGUCUUCAUCCACGCUGGCGCUGGCUACCACAGCCUCCAGAACGAGAAUGUCCACCUCACUUUGUGUGCAAAGGCUGCCCAAGAGGCCAUGAAGUGCUUGAAGAGCGGUGGCUCAGCCACCGACGCCGUAGAGGCCGCCAUCAUGGUUCUCGAAAACGGCGACAUCACCAACGCAGGCUAUGGAAGCAACCUCUCAGCUAAUGGCACUGUUGAGUGCGAUGCCACCAUCGUUGACCACUUUGGACGAAGUGGCGCUUGUGGCGCUGUUCCCAACAUCAAGAACCCUAUCUCGCUUGCGAAGCUCGUCCUUGAUGCCAGCCUGAGGCCGUUGACCCUCCGCCGGGUGCCUCCCAACAUCCUGGUCGGUGAGGGCGCCAAGAAGUUUGCCUUGGAGCACGGAAUGUCCCUUGCGAACAACAGGGAGCUCAUUUCCAAGAAUGCUGUGGAUCGUUUCAGGAAGUGGUGCGAAGACCUCCGCAAGGCUCAAGCGCGCGUUGCCCAACAACAGGCCAUACCAACGCCGACUGCAAUUGUACAGGCUCGGGCGAUGUCCCCCGAGGAGGCCAAGUACAACGCAGUCUGCAUGCCCAACACCGAGCAGGCUGGCCAGGCCGAGGUCCUCAGCGGACUGCAGUCUCUUGCGAGCGCCAAGGCUGGCAAAGGCCUCACAAUGCGCGACCACUCGUCUGCCGUUCUCACCGGAAUGUGGAACGAGGGCCAGCCCGACUCGCCUUCCGACUCGGCCUCGCCUGGCGCACCCAGCUCUGACCCCGUCACCCCUACCAAGCCGUCGCCCUUGUCGGCUCUUCAGAACGGAGGCCAAACCCCUACCAAGCCCGCUCGAGGCAGUGGUGCGACCCGCGCUCCCGGCGCUUCUGAUGGCUCAGUGAAGAUGUCCCGCGCCAAGCGCCUCAGGACCUCUUCCGACGAGCGCCUCGACACGACUAACGGCGUGAGUGACCUCUCGGAUGACUCCUGGCAUUGGAUCGACCACACGCUCGCCGAGAAGCUCUUCAGCCAGCCCUCCAGCAGCAAGAUCGACCUCACGGAGAUGACGGCCGAGCCCGACAACGCCGACAACGACAAGAUCACAGACACUAUUGGUGCCAUUGCGAUCGACGGCCAGGGCAACAUAGCGGCGGGCUCGUCCUCGGGCGGCAUCGGCAUGAAGCACGUGGGGCGCGUGGGCCCCGCGGCGCUCGUGGGCAUCGGCACGUACGUGAUCCCGCGGGACCCGGACGACGACGAGGCCCGCGCCGUGGCGACCGUGACCAGCGGCACGGGCGAGCACAUGGCUACCACCAUGGCGGCUCACAAGUGCGCGGACCGGCUGUACCACAUGACGCGGGCGGGGCGCGGCGGCGACGACACCCAGGACGUGCCGGACGAGGGCGCCGUCAUGGCCGACUUUGUCACCCGCGACUUCAUGGGCCACCCGGGCGUGCGCAACCAGACCAGCUCCGGAGCGAUAGGCGUCCUCGCCGUCAAGGCUACUUCUGCAGGCAUCUACAUGCACUGGGCGCACAACACGGACUCGUUCGCCCUCGCGCACAUGGCCUCGUACCACAAGGCGCCCAAGUGUGUCAUGAGUCGCCUUUCGAAUGGGAAGGGCCCGGUCAAUAUUGGCGCGCUGAAGGUCUUGAAGGAUCAUGCGGCGGGGCUCAAGGCGCGUGACUGA